UACUAGGCAAAGUUAAAAUCCCAGUGAGAAGCUUUUAGGGCGCGAGUAGUAGUAUAAAUUGGAAGGUGAGUAGUCCGAGAGAGGCAGGACAAACUUCAAAGUCGAGACCAACAGGUAGCAUAGCAAGAUGAUCAUCCCAGUUCGUUGCUUCACCUGCGGAAAGGUCAUUGGUAACAAAUGGGACACUUAUCUCGAUCUUCUCCAGGCCGACUAUACCGAAGGAGAUGCUCUUGAUGCUUUGGGAUUGGUUCGAUAUUGCUGUAGGAGAAUGCUAAUGACUCAUGUGGACCUCAUCGAGAAGCUUCUGAACUACAACACAUUGGAGAAGUCGGAGACCAGUUGAGAAAACAUGUAGAACUUAAUGCUCUGUUCCAAGAUUAUCAGUUUUGUGUAAGUGGACCAUGGUCUGAAUCCAUAGAAAUGAAAGGACUUAAAUAGUAUUAGUCUAGUUGUUAUCUUUAGUUUUAGUUCUACGGUGAAUCCUUGUAUGUAUGAAAACUAUCUGGGAUUUCAAAUGCUGAAAAGUGAUUCGAAUGCUA